CUGUUAUUUCAAUAUGGUGGCGGCAGCGCUAGAGAAAGUCGAGGCAGCUGUUAUUUCCGCGUUUAUUUAAUGUGCAGUAAUCCGUUAUGUCAAAGAAGUGCCCACUACCAUGUUCUGACGAAACGUGCAUAAAUAUGCUUUGUUCAUGAAGGCAUUGCAGUACAUAUUUAGACCACGACGAUCGGCAAAAACUGCAAAAGUACUUUGCGGCUUGAUAUUGGUUGGUGUGCUGUUUUUUCUAGCUCAACUAUCUUAUCCGGGAUGUACAAACACCGAUAUAGAAGCCUUCUUGGACAAUAUCUGCGACGCCUACAGAAAAGGGGAAAUAUCCGGCAACCUUUGCGCCCAGUUCUGUGCGCGAGAGAUAUCAAAGAUCCAAUGUCAGACACAGCACAUCGGCAAAGACAUUGUUUUCACUGCGCUGUGGAACUUGGAACCUAUUGUCGUAAAGGCUAAGAAACGGCUGAUUAGCGCUUUAGAACCUGUCUACUGGAAGGACAGAAGUAGAAACAGUCACUAUCCAGACAAUGACACUUUCAUCCGUAUGGUUAACCUGCAGAUCAACUAUAUCUUUAGGCGCAACUUCACGUGGAUCGAGUCAUUUUACGGCAAGCAGUUUAGCAUUGCUGAAAUGAACAGUAUUUACGCUCUGCUGCAGCAAACAGAGUACCUGUUUAACUUGGCUCUUCAGGGCCUGGAUGUGGUCCCAAAAAUAUUUGGGACAUGCGGUCAUGCGUAUGCUGUAGAGUUCUUGUCGCCAUUGGAAACGCGUUUGUCGCCAGAGCGUAGUGAUAGCUCUGGUUUUAGCUUUAAUGAUCGUGCCAUGAUAGCGCUACGUAUAUUAAAGACUGUGGAUGUGCUGGAGAAUGCGAUGGGAGAAGAAAUUCAUCAGUGCGAUAUGAAGUCCAGCCAUUUUGGUGUUGACGCAAAAGGUCGCAUCAAGAUGCUCGACUUGGAUGCUUUCGGGCUACAUUCAACUGUGAAAGAAAACAUUGCCAAUUCAGGACACUGUGAAGCUGACAAGGACUGUGAUUUCUUCGAUUGUGCUGGCCGCUGUAAUGCACAGGGUCAGUGUGACCCUGCUGUGCUCAAUAACAACCUACAGCGAAUUUGCAAGAACAUCUUUCUGGGAAAUCUCUUUGGUCGGUAUACAGGCCUCCUCAGAAGCCCACCUUCAGGGAUUGCUACAGAACUAUACUCAUUGCUGAAUGAAUGUGGUGCCACAUCUAGAGCACCACUGCCAAGAAGCCAUAGCAGAGUGAUAAAAGAAAAAUUUGUGAAGCUACUUCAUUCUGUUUUGAUACCCUAAGUGCUUCACAAGAUGGGAAUUGCUCAAGUUGGCUUAAGCCAGGAUGAAGCACUGGUCAACUCGGUGAACUUAUUUUUAGUGCAACUGUUUCACUGAGCAUUUUUUACUUAGUGUGCUUUACUUAGUGAUACUUUAUUAUAAUUGACGUCCCGAAACCACGAUUUUACUGUGAGGGACACCAUAGCGGGUAGCUCGAGAUUAAUUUUGCUCUCCUGGCAUACUUUAUUUUGCACCCAAAGCUCGGAAUACAAGUGUUUUCACAUGCCAUCCCAUAUCAAAAUACGACUGAGAAUCAAAUCUGCAACUUUGUGCUCAGCAGCACAAUGCCACUGUCACUGUCACUUUUCAGUUAUGGUGUGUGUGGAAUCUAUCCUUGAAAACCUUGUCUUUUUCCUUGCUUGCAUAUUCAGUAUUUUUAUUUGUACCAAUAAGUUCUUUCUCAACUUCGACAUGUUUGCACUGCGCAAAUAUGUUGAUAUUCACCAACUAGCCCAAGCUACCAUACUUUCUGAACUGUCAUGCACGUGUGUGCUAAUAUGUGGGCUUUGUGGAGGUAUUGCUAAUGGCCAUAAAAAAACAUCGCCACCGGUAAAGUGAAUGGGUUGUAAAAAGAAAUUUUCACUUUUUUACUUAAAUGUUGUUCACCGAGCUGUUUUGUCCUGGUGCAUGUACUUUCGUAUAGAAUUGUACCGCAAUUGUGUAGAUCUCUUUGAAUCAAAGAUUUUUUGUUUUGUAACUUUACAGUGCUGAAGAACCAUCUGUAAUCAAGUUGUAAACUGUUAUACAAUGCCUAGUUGUGACUUGUUUUCUGAACAACUUUUACUUGUGGUUAUUGCAUUUGUGGUCAAAUACUUCAUUUUGUGAGAAAAUGGGCUGUUAAAGCUUACUAGUCAGCAAGUAUGACUGAGUUUUGUUACUGCCUGCUCGUUUUAGUUGAACAAAUUAUGUCGAUGUUUACUUUUUUCUUCCCUUUCGCUCUAAAAGUCAGCAAAAGUACAAUGCCAUUGUGAAAGCUUGAUCGGUCACAUUCCUUGGGAACCGUGUUAAUAAAACAUUUUUACUGUCAA